GGAGUGGAAUAUUUCUCUGCGCAGAAUCACAUUCCGACUUUUGAGCAGAGCUACCUGCGGAUGAUAAAGAGAAAAUGUGGAUUUAGAUUUAGAGUGCAGUGAAUCCGUGCUAGGGGUAGAUGAGUGCUAGUGGUCGGGUGGGGUUUGUUGUCAAUUUUAUGUUAGGAUUCAGGGGGGGAGUUUGUUUUUUUAUUUAGUGUCGAGUUUACAAACAAAAAUGGCUUUAAAUCCGGACGUAGAACAGUUAAAAGGGAACUUAGUUGUACGGAUAGACCAAGAUUCGGAUUCUGAACUCCAAGCAUUGUUUGACAGUGUUUUAAAACCUGACUCUAGAAGACCUCUUCAAGUGCCAUUUCGGAUGCGAAAACUGCCAAAUUCAUUUUUUAAUCCGCCGUCCACAGGCUCUAAAUCACCGUCAGUGUCUUCAAUAUCACACAGCCGUGAAAAUUCAGCUGACAGUGCAUUCGGGAACAAUACAACAACAACGACUACAACAACUGGUUUACAAGUUAACCACCCCCGAGCUCACAGUUCACCAGCAUCAUUACAACAGACUUAUGCUUCUGCACAUCAGCAGCAACAGCAACACAUAAAACAAAGAAGUUGUGACAUGACUGCCCUGGAGCAAGAUCUAGGACCAUUGCCUGCAGGAUGGGAACAAGCCAGAACAUUAGAAGGACAAGUUUAUUUCCUCAAUCACAUCACUCGCACCACCACAUGGGAAGACCCCCGCAAGACAAUAGCAGCACAAGUAGCCAAUCAGCAACAGCGCAGUGCAGAACUGCUCAACACACCCCACCCCGCCACCUCGCCACAACCACAAGGUAAAGGCAGCAGCCCGGCCACUAGUCCUGCACCCCUUGGACCCCUGCCCGAAGGAUGGGAGCAAGCCGCUACUCCUGAGGGUGAAAUUUACUUCAUAAACCAUCAAACAAGGACGACUUCAUGGUUUGAUCCUCGGAUACCUACGCAUCUCCAGAGACCGCCCACAUCUGGAGCCCUGCUGCCAGCAGCUCUCAGCUCGUGGCUACCGCAGGUUCAGUCAUCUGCCAGUCAGCAGAAACUAAGACUCCAGUCACUCCAGCUGGAGCGUGAACGGCUCAAACUGCGGCAACAAGAGAUAAUGCGUCAGCAAGAGCUGAUGAUGCGCCAGAGCACGACAGACUCAGGAAUGGACCCCUUUCUGUCCGGACUCACAGACCACGCGCGCCAGGAGUCGGCCGACAGUGGGCUGGGCAUGAGCAACAACUACAGUCUGCCACAUACACCUGAGGACUUUCUGUCCACCAUGGAUGACAACAUGGAUGGUGUCAGCGAGGGAGGAACCCCGGGGCCGGCAGAUAUCGCCUUGGACUCGCACGAGAUGACUUCUCUGACCGAUAACAUCGACUCUACGGAUGAUCUUGUUCCAUCUCUACAGCUUGGAGAAGAGUUCUCGUCGGACAUCUUGGAUGACGUUCAAGCACUAAUCAACCCCAAAGUGGACAAUGGGCUCACCUGGCUCUGAUCGGAACUAGCUGACUAUGUU